AUGAAUCUUAGUCUUCCUGACCAGAGCAUGCGUAGCCCUGGUGAGGCCUGCCUGAAAGAGGACAAAUCAGAGCUGUUGGUGUCCUGCUGCCACCGUAACAUGUUCGAGGAGCCUCUGACAGCCUAUCCAAACAGCUCCAUCAUCUCUCACUUGCUCCGCAAAACCAUCCACAACAAAAGAGCUGUGAACGGGAACAUGUUCUAUCUGCCAACUCCAACAACACUGUCUGGCCUAGAAGAUCAGAGCGUUAUGGGCUCCAAAGACAGCAUGGACUACUCAGAUCCCCUAGAGCACCACCCUCCACAUGGCACGAGUGGAGAGAUGGAGAGGCCCCUAAGUGACCAUCUCCAAGCAAAGAGAGCUCGUGUAGAGAACAUCAUCCGGGGCAUGGCAGGAUCCCCCAACUCCAGGCUCCAGGGAGAUGAGGACAUGGGUGACCCUGAGUCAGAGCAAGAAAGAAAAGAGAUCCUUAAAGAAAACAAGCGCAAACAGAAGCUUCCUCAGCAUCAGGAGAACAGUCCCAAUAAUGGGAGGCCAACAAGCAUGGCCGGCAGCGUCAGCAGCGUCAGCACUAGCAAGAACCAGGAGUGUCACAAGUUGAAGCAGCAGCUUCAGAGCAUGCAGAAGCUCCUUCAGCAGCUCCAGGAGAAGUUCUUUCAGGUCUACAACCAAAAUGACUCUGAGAAUAGCAGAACAGAAGACGGAGAUGGGGACAUUGUGCAUGCUGAACAAAGCAACAGUUUGACACAAACAAAAGGCGCUAGUGAGACAACACAGUUUCCCUGUGCCAUAAAUGGAAGAGAGGGAUGUGAAAACAGGCCAGACUGGAUGGCGGGCGGCCAAAAAGAGAAAGCCAUGACAGAUGUCAACUGUCUGGGUAACAAGGAGGACGGGAGAAAUUUGCGAGAGACUCUUAAGUACGAGCUCUCCAGAGCUGUUAAUGAAAGCAUUGAUACAGUGUUCCAAAAACUCUCAUCAACGCAACUGAACCAGUCAUCUCAACUCUCCUCAUGCCAUCCUUGUACUCCAGACCGUGCAGGAUCUGUAAAGAGGACCCGCAUGUCGUGCAGUCCCCUCGAGCCAUCUGAGACAGAAGAACCCACCAUCAAACCACCAAGGCCUUUUCAGUAUUAUAAGAGCUCAACUCCUCAAAGCCCCGAGCAACAAACUGAGGCCCUGUCUCUAGUAGUUCGGAAGUCCCCAAACAGCCAGCUGAACUCAAACAGUCAGACGGUAAAACAGCCUUAUACGCUUCAUCAGCCUCCAUUUCAGUUUGGCUACACCACUCCCAUGCAUGACAGCCAGAUACUAGAGCAUCUCCUUAAGUAUGGGCCCCAUGGGAACUUUGGGGGCCUCACAUGCCUACCACCCUCUCUGGACAGAGCCUCUCCAGAUUCUGGAGACCUGCCUUGGGAAAGUAUUUCCAUGAGGUCCAAGGUGAUGUCUAGUCACCUGGGGCAGCACAGCAGGCCAGGCACUCUGGGCUCGGUGUCCGUGGAUGGCCUGUGCCUCCCACAUGUGAAGAUGGAGUGUCGAGAUCUUCAGAGCAUGGCUGAGAGGAGCUCCUACAUAUCACUCAGUAUAUCCUUUGCAAGAGCACAGGAUCAGGGAUGCUAUUCACCGAACAGCUUUUGUAGCCUUAACUUUGAACACAUUCAGGAAGGUUUGACUCCUAAUCAUCUGAAGAAGGCCAAACUGAUGUUCUUCUAUACGCGUUACCCCAGCUCGAAUGUUCUCAAAACAUACUUCCCUGAUGUAAAGUUCAAUCGCUGUAUUACCUCCCAGCUGAUCAAGUGGUUCAGUAACUUCCGGGAGUUCUACUACAUCCAGAUGGAGAAGUUUGCUCGCCAGGCCAUUGUGGAUGGAAUGAACGAGGUGAAAGGACUGUCCGUCACGCGGGACUGUGAGCUGUUCAGAGCUCUCAACAUGCACUAUAACAAAGCCAAUGACUUCCAGGUGCCAGAAAGAUUCCUAGAAGUGUCUGAGAUCACUCUUCAAGAGUUCUUCACUGCCAUCUUGCUGGCCAAAGACUCAGAUCCCUCAUGGAAAAAAGCUAUCUACAAGGUUAUCUGUAAACUGGACAGUGACGUUCCUGAAGAAUUUAAAUCGUCCACCUGUCUGUAAAAAACUUCAUCAUUUAUUAUUGAGAGGACAUCGUUUUAUGUAUGUGACUGCAGAAGGAUUUUUUUUGCCUUAAACUUGUAAUUGGAUGAUAACUGCAUGCAAAUAAUGGUUGAUAUAUUAAGGGAUAAGGUUUAUCCAGACAUUGCUUUCACUUGAUAUUUUGACAAUCCAUAAAUGAGUCCACCAUAUCAUGA